AUCAAGUCUUUCUUAGGAAUUAUUUAGAAGAGCGAACACGCCAUGCCAUGCCAGGCGGUCGUUCCUUUCCAUUCUCAAUCUGUUCAGUUCCUUCUUUCGCUCUCUCUCUCUCUCGCUUUUCCUUUCGUUCUUCCUCUCUCUCUUUGUAUCUUUGUUUAUUUACCUAUCAAUUGUACACUAAGCGACUUGGCUGCCGUGCUAAUCGCAUUGAGUGGAACCGCUCCAUCGUAUCAGAUAUCAGCCUCUCGCUGUCUCUGGUCCUUGAUGAGCUGAAACAAGCCCCGACCAUCUGAUCAAAUCUAAUCCUAAUUCUGGAUAUCCCACACCCUCUCUCCUCCCCAUUACUAGUGUUUCUGGUUAUCGCUGCGGGGGUUAACAACCGGCAAAGCACCACUACUUCCUCCCCGGGAUCCCCUGAAAAGCAGUGUCUCCAGGUUCUCCUAUGCCCGAGCAAUAAAAUCUCCGAUUCUGUGGGUGCUGAACUUGAAUGAAGGUCCGCACCCGGCGCUCUGGCGUCUUGCUACUACGGUCUCUAGUUGCCUUGAUGGUCUGACCAUGACCCCGAAGUCUCCCACAACACUCGCAUUGACCUCCCCCGAAAUGGUGUCCCAAGCCCAGAUUCUCGACCGCUCCCUCCCCACGCAUAGCGCAACAUCUUCCGUGUCACGUCAUUCUCAUGGUGGCCGGCGACAUCGCUCGAGUCGUUCCCACCAUGGUGGGCUUGCUCACCAACCUCAAAAUGAUUUCCCCAUUUUCACCCAUACGGGCGACGUCGAGAUCGUCAUCCGCGCCGGCGGACAGGAGAAACGGUAUCUGUUACAUCGGUUGAUAUUGGCACAAUGUUCAGGGUUCUUUGACACAAGUACGCGCGAUGAGUGGUCCCGGCAAGCUGCAUCAAUGCCUCCCAAUCCAGAUCCUGCGGUUCUGUCCAGAAUCAGUGGGGAUAUUUCCUCUUUGUCCACAGGAUCGACGCUGGCUCAGUCAGAGGCGGGGGCAGUAUCUUCCUCAGAAAAACGGCGAUGGCGAUACGAGCUGGAUUGGGAAAACAAAGAGGAAGACGAGGAGCCAAUACUAGUUCAGAAGCCUCCGAGCUUUUCUACUGCUUUUGGAAAUAACCUGGGACAGUAUCCCCCGUCGAUGACCAAACCUUCGAGUACACAAGCAGGCUUCAUCCGUUCAAUGGCGAACCUGGCUGGGAUGCAAUCAGUCAUGCAUAUACCGCAUGCAGAUACUGGAAAUGCCUCAAUAGACCCUACGAUUCGCGACUACGAUAACCUUUUUCGCCUAUUCUACAACCAUCCGCCGGCACUAAACAGCGUCAACAUCGCGACUGCCUACGCUGAAUGCCGGUCCCUUCUUGCGCUAGCCGAUAUGUACGAUGCACUCGGUGUGACGGGACCGCGAGUCGAUCACCACCUCCUCGGAUUUGGAUCACGGCUCUUCAAACAGAUCGCCAAAUACCCUCCAAGUUAUCUUAAAUUGGGUUAUCUUGCGCGCAGUCGUGUCAUCUAUUCCGAGGCCCUUAUUCACGUUGUCGGCCAAUGGCCUGCGGGUCUACCUCACCUGCGGAAUGGCGCAUAUUCUCCUCUCCCGGAUACGGUACUGGACAUUAUCGAGGAUAAAGUCGAAGACUUGGAAUAUAUGAAGGCGCGCAUUGACUCCAAGCUCUUGCGUCUAACACUCACUACCUCCCGCGGCGAAAGGGUUAGUCCCACAAACGCAUAUCUCGAUUGGUUGGCCGUCUCUCUCUUCCGGCAGUGGCUUGUGGACAGCACCACACCACCUCCGGCGCCAAUCCUCAAGAAUUCAUCCUCGAGUGCCCCGAACACAAGCAGCCAUAACCGUCCAUCGCAAUCCACUACCCAUCGGACUCAAGACCACCCAUCGGCCGCUUCGAAAUCUACAGUCACACCUCUAUCCUCCGCACGUGUCUAUCGGCUAAUUGGCUCGACCUCCACUCAGGCUUAUCUAACUCAUGAUGAACUUAAGAAGUUCCUCAAAGUGCAUCCGACCCCUUCAUCGGACUCCUUAUACUCCCGUGACGUUUUGAAACGUUUCGAACGCAAGAUGGACGAAAUCAAACGAUUAGCUCGCGAAAUCGUAAAACCGUUAAUGAGAAAUUUCCUCGAGCUGGACCUCAAAGGCGGCGAGCUAGACACCAGUUCAAGUAGCCUCCCUUAUCUAACCUGCAUCAAAGUCGAAGAUGAAGACAUUCCUUGGCAUUGAAACGAUUAUGACACCUCCACAAGAUCUACGACAUGGCUUUUACUUUUGAUACCCUUUACCUAUUUCACGUCACAGCUCCCCUUUAUACUCUUAUUUUAAAUGUCGAUUCUAGAUAUUUACUGAUUUGUCUGUGCUCACGACAUGAUGUUUUUUUUUUUUUUUCUUAACGUGUUACGAAGUUAUGAACCUGUCAUUUAGGUAGCAUUUUGGACUUAACUGUGUUUUAUGUUUUGUCUUUUGUCGCUCUGAACGUGCUUCCGUACGGUUUUGUACCGAUAUUUUUUAAUCUAAGGUGGAAGAUUAUGUUUCUUACAAGAGA